ACUUCACAACUUCUCCAUCCCUCCAACCUCACAUUUUACUAAAAGCUGUACCUGUUAUUCUUCUUCCCUUCUCCGCACCCUCUAUACCAUACAGGGAAACCCCUCCCCCCCCAAAAAAAAGAAAAAAACAAGGCAGAAGACUAACGGUACCUACACGCACUCAAGAUGUUUAUGCUCAGAGGUGUGGGGAAGUACAUAUUUGGUGACUCCACGAAGCAAGAUAUAAUUCAACUCGAUCAAGGUCAACUCUACAUAGUCCGCCCAAACUCUGUUAAGGGCUAUAGCGAAUGCAUCUUUAAGGAUGCAGCUGCCACCAUUCGAAGAACCUCGACCAAUUACCAUUACCAACUUGUUAUCCAGAGAGCUUACGAAGAAGGCGAGGAAGAGCUUGUUGAUGAUGCUGAGGACGUUGACGAUGCAAAGGAUGAGAAAACUUUCCUGUUAGACGAGAGCCUACAUUUGCGAUCCAUCAUCAGGGAUGGUCAAGCUGUGUUUGCAUGGAGGGACCUUAGUGGUGACCCUGGUGACCUUUACGAGUUUGUCUGUGACCCUGGUGUACAGUCUGGCUCCGCGCAUAUGUUUGAACUUGUAGCUAUCCAGUGCCAGUUCGAGAGAAGGUAUAAAAGGAGCCAUGAAACGGCUACCGAGCAGGAAUUGCAUCAGUUCUCUUUCUCUGAUGCUCCGAUUCCUUCAGCAUCCCCCACUGCUGUUUCACCCACUGCCCAAGUCAAGAGGGCGCCCGAGGCUCCGGUAAAAAAGGGCAGGAAGCGACUGGUGGCCUUGGCGCCCACUGUUGCUCCAAAGGCGAUGCCUGCUCCCGAAAGUCAGGAGAUACUUACUCGUGAAACCGCAGAAUUGCAUUUGUUCGAUGUCUCUACUGGAACCUUUGUGUUGCAGGAGCAAAAGGUUACGGCGACCGUGAGCGAGGUUGGGCAAUGGCAGUACUGGCUCGAUAUUGAAGGCGAAAACAAAGUCUGGCUUGGUCAGCCCGUGAUUGCUGACAUCAACCCUGUCUUCAAUUUCGAGUAUCUCUCUUUCAUCUUCAACCAUCAUACCAAUCAGUGCUCCUAUUCCUGGCUUCUGCGUUUUAAGGAUAUAGAGACCGAAGAAAGAUUUCAGGAAGGUCUGAUGCGUGCCCUCUGGGAACAGCUGAACGAGCAAAAAUGGAUCAAAGCCAAAGACCAAGAGCGUGAAUAUGUUCUCGAGGCGUUCCAGGACAUCACUAUGGAAGACGCCCCAGAAGAGGAGGAGGAGGAGGAAUUUGAGGACGUCGAAGAACACCCUGGCAACCAGAGCGAAGAGUACGACACCGACGAGGAGGAGGACGACACUCACGUUAAAGGAGAACAGGGCGAUGGUAAGGAAAAUAGCCAAUUGGCUGUCGGCUACAAACACGACAGAAGCUUUGUCGUUAGAGGAAGCAAAAUCGGUGUCUUCAAGCAUACCCCCAACAACGAAUUGGAGUUUCAGACCAGCAUUAGCAAAGUCCAAACUCCGAAGGGGAAACUAUUCGAGCCCAAGAAGGUUAUGUUGCACGGUGAGGAUACGGGUUUAAUCAUGCAAGAUGGGAACAACCCGCAUAGCCUGUAUAAGAUGGACUUGGAAUACGGAAAGGUGGUUGAUGAAUGGCAAGUCCACGAGGACAUCCCUAUUGACAUCUUUGCUCCCGAGAGUAAAUUUGCUCAAAUGACCAAUGAGCAAACAUUCCUAGGACUGUCCCACAAUGCCCUUUAUCGAGUGGACCCUCGCCUGAGCGGUAAUAAGCUUGUUGACUCUGAGCUCAAACAAUAUGUCUCGAAGAAUGAUUUCUCAGCUGUGGCAACCACUGAGAAAGGGUAUAUCGCAGUUGCCUCGAGCAAAGGUGAUAUCCGUAUGUUUGAUCGUUUGGGAAUCAACGCCAAAACACAUAUACCCGCUCUGGGCGAAGCAAUCAUUGGUCUUGACGUUUCCGCCGAUGGCAGGUGGAUUCUUGCAACUUGUAGAACCUACAUUCUACUCAUUGACGCCCUCCAGCACGAAGGCAAGAGUGAAGGAAAACUCGGCUUCGAGAAGGCUUUCCCAAAAGAUGCAAAGCCUCGUCCUCGACGCCUCUGCCUCAACCCUUCCCAUGUCGCGCAGAUGCAAGCGGAGACUAAGAAGCCCCUCUCGUUUACCACUGCCAAGUUUAACACUGGCCUCGACUCUGACGAGACCGCCAUCAUCACUAGCACCGGCCCUUUCAUGGUCACGUGGAAUCUGAGGAAGGCCAUUGCUGGGAGGAAAGAUCCAUACACGCUCAAGAGGUACACUGAGGAAGUCAAGGCUGAUAACUUCCGUUUUGGCAGCGACAAGAACGUGAUUGUCGCACUCCCCAACGAAGUCAACAUGGUUGGACGUCAAACGUUUAAGAAGCCUACCAGAGAGAGCAUCUCUACUCCGAUUAGACAGUUGAGGAGCCGCCAUGCCAUUGUCGAUAGCCCUUACUAGCUUUGACAGUUGCUAGAUUCAAUUUCAACUUCCCAAUUUUUCCUUACCUGUCCCCCCACUGCCCUUUUCUAUCAUUAGUUAGUGGUGUGAUUGAUUGUUGAGCUGCUUCCCCUCUCGUUUCCUUUCCGCCCCCGUCCUGCUCUACCUAAUAUGUGACAGUAUGAUAUAUGUAGUGUUAUCUAGUGUACUAAUGAUAUGACUUGAUGCGAUGUGACACGAUAGCUUGUGGCCUUUUGUUUGUUUUCUCGCUCGAUAUUUCUUUUUUUUUUCUUUCUACCUACUGGUGCUGGAGGAGAUUUCCUGUAUGAGAGGAGAGACGACGACAAUAUGUGAUGCUUGGUAUAGUUAACGGCAUGUACUGUAAUCCAACCCAUUAAGCGGGGUCCAGUGUCGAGUGGUUAAGCAAUUACAAUUAAUCUUGCCCUAUCG